AAGGCCCUAGGCAGAAGACGAGUUGUGAUUGGUUCUCUAGUGAGGCGGGGCAAUCUAAAAGGCGGAAGCAAAGGAGGGGCUUCGUUGGAAGACCCCAGAGGAGUUAUGGAACUAGUUAAGUGUCCAGAGCAUGAGAAUUUCUGCUUUUUGAAGACCGGCGUUCGCGAUGGCCCGAAUAAAGGAAAGAGCUUCUACGUGUGCCGGGAGGCCACGUGCGGCUUCGUGCAGGCCACAGACAUCCCUGUUUCCCAUUGUUUAUUUCAUGAGGAUUUCGUGGUAGAGCUUCAGGGUUUGUGUCUACCAAAAGGCAAGAAAGAAUACAGGUUGUUCUUCCGAUGUACCAGAAGUAAGGCAGAAGGGAAAAAAUGGUGUGGAAGUGUUCCAUGGCAGGAUCCUAAUUCUAAAGAACACCCUAUCACCAUUAAGUCUCAUGCCUCUGAGCCAUUUCCUCAUCCUUUGAGCCAGCCGAGAAACCCAUUCAAGGUGCUUGACAAGAAUCAAGAAUCAGCUCUUUGGAAACAGUCCAUCAAAAAGGAAGAUGAGACAAAGCCAGCUGAUGGGAAGCCAAGGGAAAAGGGAGACCAGCUGUUGGAUGAAAAGAAGCUACAGAAACCUGAAUCUAACCACUGGAUGGAGAAAGGGCUCUCGUCUAACCUGGUGAUAAAGAAAAAGCAAUCCACAGUUCAAGAGAAUGAGCAAGAGAAAAGAUCGGAGGUUCCCUGUGGAAGGGAGGAGGCUGAAGGAGUUGCAUCCAAACACAGCAAUGGGAAUGAGCUGAGAGGAGCAUCGGUGUCUCCUCAGGAGAGGUCAGAUGGUGAAAGUCAAGGUGUCCAAAACAAGUCAGACCUUUUGAGAGGAAAUGAAAUCCAGCUUUUGCCUCAUAUUGUUCCUAGUCAGAACCCAGUAAAUCAGCCCCAGAAAGAGGGACAUCUCAGUAAGGCUCACCUCAAGAACUGCAAGGCUAAGGAAUCAGAGGCAAAGGAUGGCCCAACUACACAGAACUUCCAGAAAAGCCUCCCUCAGGAGCAUAUCCAGGCCCAGGUGGAGGCUGUCUUGUCUGAUCAGAAAGGACCAAUGGCAUCAGUGCUUUCUCGGGGAGAGGCUGCCCCUAGCAAGGAUGACAGUGGGGAAGGUGAUGUUGCUCUUGCUUCUGAUAAACCAGAGAGCCCGCUACUUUUUGCCUCAACAAUGGACAAAGACAAGAUGGAGAAUCUUCAACUUCUUAAUCCAAGUGCUCAAAGAAAAAUACCUGCAACCACAAGGAUUUCCAGCAAGGUGGAACCUUCCAACUCAGCAGCCCAGCAUGUGUGCCUUACCACACAGCUCAGACAAAAGAAGAGCACCCUGGCAUCAGUGAACAUCCAGGCUCUUCCAGAUAAGGGUGAGAAGUUACUAAAGCAAAUACAGGUGCUGGAAGAAGCACUUAGUGCCCUGACCCUCUCCUUGGAGCAAGGAUCUAAUGAGGAAAGUAAUACUCAAGCAUCAAAACAGAGCAACUUCACCAAAGCUGCCAGUGACCCUCCCCAAGUGGUGCCUGCCCAACCCAUUCCGUCACAUCAUGAUCCUCAACCUCUGAGUUUUCUAGGACUAAACUCAGGUGCUCAGGAAACUGCUAGAGCAUCCAGUCAGUGCCCUGGAGAGCAUGGAAAGCAAGAUCCGUAUUAUGCAGUAUGGAAACUCACAAGUGAAGCUAUUGAUGAGCUGCAUCGAUCACUGGAGUCCCGUCCUGGCGAGACAGCAGUGGCGGAAGAUCCAGUUGGCCUGAGGGUCCCUUUGCUACUACACCAGAAGCAGGCAUUAGCCUGGUUACUAUGGCGGGAAAGCCAGAAACCACAGGGAGGGAUUCUGGCGGAUGAUAUGGGCUUAGGAAAAACUUUGACAAUGAUUGCGCUCAUCCUGACCCAGAAGAAUCAACAGAAAAGCAAAGAAAAAGACAAGGUGGCUGUGACGUGGAUUUCCAAAAACGACUCUUCUGUCUAUACUUCCCAUGGAACACUAAUUGUCUGUCCUGCUUCCCUGAUCCAUCAUUGGAAGAAUGAGGUAGAGAAACGUGUGAACAGCAGCAAACUAAAAAUCUAUCUCUAUCAUGGGCCAAACCGGAAUCAGCAUGCAAAAAUCCUCUCUACAUACGACAUUGUGAUUACUACUUAUAGCCUUCUGGCCAAGGAAAUUCCCACAAAGAAGCAGGAGAAAGAUGUCCCAGGUGCAAACCUCAGUGUGGAGGGCUUCUCAACACCUUUGCUCCAAAUAGUCUGGGCUCGAAUCAUACUGGACGAAGCUCACAAUGUGAAGAAUCCCCGAGUACAGACGUCAAUUGCCGUGUGCAAGCUGCAAGCUCGUGCCCGCUGGGCUGUCACUGGAACCCCCAUUCAAAACAACCUGUUGGAUAUGUACUCACUGCUGAAAUUUCUCCGCUGUUCUCCAUUUGAUGAGUUCAAUCUGUGGAAAAGUCAGGUCGACAAUGGUUCAAAGAAAGGAGGAGAGCGGUUAAGUAUUUUAACCAAGAGCCUUUUGCUGAGGAGAACAAAAGACCAACUGGACUCCACUGGCAAACCCUUGGUGACCCUGCCCCAGCGUAAAUUUCAGCUCCAUCAUUUAAAGCUUUCUGAAGAUGAAGAGACAGUGUACAAUGUCUUUUUUGCAAGAUCAAGGUCAGCUCUGCAGUCCUAUUUAAAAAGACAGGAAAAUGGCGGAAACCAAUCUGAAAGAAGCCCCGAUAAUCCAUUCCAUAGAGUGGCACGGGAAUUUGGGUCCAGUGAGCAUGGGUGCCUUGUGGCCACAGAGCUGCAGAAAUCUAGCACUGUCCACAUCCUGUCCCAGCUGCUGAGGCUCCGCCAGUGCUGCUGUCAUCUUUCGUUACUGAAGUCGGCCCUGGACCCGGCUGAACUGAAGAGUGAAGGCCUUGUCCUGUCCCUGGAGGAGCAGCUCAGUGCUAUGACUUUGUCUGAGCUCCAGGACACAGAGCCAUCUCCCACUGUUUCCCUUAAUGGGACAUACUUCAAGGUGGAGCUUUUUGAAGACACACGUGGGAGCACCAAGAUUUCAUCUCUGUUGGCAGAAUUGGAGACAAUCCGAAAAGCUUCAGGGUCCCAAAAGAGUGUCAUUGUCUCUCAGUGGACCAGCAUGCUGAAAGUUGUAGCCCUGCACCUUAAGAAGCAGGGCCUGACUUACGCCACCAUCGAUGGCUCUGUCAACCCCAAACAGAGAAUGGACUUGGUGGAGGCAUUUAACCACUCCGGGGACCCUCAGAUUAUGCUAAUUUCUCUCUUGGCUGGAGGUGUUGGUCUAAAUCUAAUUGGAGGAAACCAUCUUUUUCUUCUGGACAUGCACUGGAAUCCAUCCCUUGAAGAUCAAGCUUGUGACCGAAUUUACCGAGUAGGGCAACAGAGAGAUGUUGUCAUACACAGAUUUGUUUGUAAGGGGACAGUGGAAGAGAAGAUCUUGCAACUUCAAGAAAAAAAGAAAGACUUAGCCAAACAAGUUCUAUCAGGAUCUGGAGAAUCCUUCACCAAGCUAACCUUGGCUGACCUCAGAGUCCUUUUUGGCAUCUAAUCUCCUGUCUUUAAAGGCGCAGAAGAGUGCCAUUGCUGAUUUGAGUUAGCAUCUGGGAAAAACACCUUUGCCAUGAUCCCUGAGCUCUGUUCUUGCCUUCUAUUUCACGUAAAAACUUUACAUAUUCCUCAAAAUGAGGCAUAACUCAUCUGUAGAAGUGAGGAUGGGUUAUUGUAAACAUUUGGUUAAUCAGUCAGCUUGCUUUGAGCAACAUAGAAGCCAAUCAGUUAUUUCAGUCAGAUAGACAACUUUGGCAAACUUGUACGUAAGCUUCAGCAAAGCUCGGAAAGCCCUGCAUUGCCUUUCUUAGCUUAGCUGGCACAAGAACCCUUGUUACCACCUCCUCUGACAUAGUUUCCUGCCUUGCUUGUCCUGUCAUCUCUUCUUGGUCCUGUCAGCUUUCGAGUGAGCUGAGCAGAGUAGCUCCCGCAGCGCCAUUCCUCUACAGUUGUCUCAAUCCAGGCAGUUUUUUCUUUCAGGCCGCAGGUCAAGGGAUCAUUGUGCAUAAACAGAUGUUCAGUAUUGUGUCAUUACUUCAUUUAGUAUCAGAGUGUCAUUUAGAGUAUCAUUAUGUCACUUAGUAAUGUAUCAUGGAGUGUAUUAGUGUGAAUAUCGCUUAAUCACUGUAUCAUUUAAUAGUCGUACCAUGUAUCACAGCACAUAUCAGAGUAUUUGGUACUGUGUUAAUAUUUAUACCAUAUUUUAGUUACUGGUAAGCUUUCGUAUUGUAUCAUUCAGAAUUUAUUGAAUCAUUUUGUGUUUGUGUCAUCACUGUACAGUCUAAUAAAUAUGCCUUUGACAUUGUUGCAAAGAUGAA